CGUUGUCAUUCACCGUGAUAACGUGUAAUUACGGUUGUUAUUAGCGUGUAGUAAAGUGUAAGGAAUUGUUUCCCCGACAAGCCGCGCAGAGAAGUGAGGAGGAGCGUUUGCUUCCGGAGCAGCGUCGCCCGGUUCCCCACGGAGAACAGCGGCAUCUGGGAAGGGAAGGAGGUGCGGAAACAAGCCGAGGGAGAGAGAGAGAGGGACGGAGAGGAGGAAAAAUAUCACGCAGCAGUAACGUGAAAACACCGGAGGAAACUGGUUCCCUUUAUAAAGGCUUGCAGCUCAUUGAGCAGAGUGGUACUGUCGGCAUGGAUGCUCUCCAUCCUGCAGUUUUCCCACAAUCCCUAACUCUCUGAUCUGCAGCUGCGGCCCUUGAACCCUGUAACGUGACCAGCAGCAGUCCAUGACUGACCACCUGUCAGUGGACGAUUCUUGUGCCAUGAUGAUGUCAGUGGAUGUGACCAAUCAUAAUGGCCCAGCUGCCAGUCCUCCAACAUCACUCAGUCUUCGCUCUUCCCACAAUCAGCUGCUCAGCGGUGAUGUCAUCAAACAGGGCUCUGCCACACCUCCAAAGUGCCGCAAGAAGUAUGCACUCACCAGUAUCCAGGCUGCCAUGGGCCUUGGAGAAGGAAUGCCAUCUACGUCAUCACCGCCAUCGUCUUCAUCACCUCAGUCAUCAACUCCCAACAACCCCAAACUAGCAAAGAAUGGGAUGAACCAGCUCCGUAAAGCUGGCCAGGAUCACAACAAAAACACAACCGGCCCUGACUCCACUGUCUCUGAACCUAACACAACAGCAGUUGCAGACGACCUUAAUGUAAACUCAGCUGUGGAGCAUGAUAGUCACGACCUGACCAACAACGACCGAGACGACCGAGAUGAUGUCAUCCAACUAGACCACAGCCCUCACCCUGAACCAAACACCAAGUCAGAUCUCGAUCAAAAAAUAGAGUCAGAUGUAGACUGUAAUACCAACAGGUCUCUGGAGAUCAAGCUAAACUCCAACACAACAAGUUUGGGCUCUGAGGUGAACAUUGAGACAGAGGAGGGCGAUGAUAUCAGCAUCCUGUCUGAGAAAGAAGUGUCAAACAUGAAGAUUGAAGAUGAGGACGACAAUGUAUUGGAACAGGAUGAGGAGGAGAAAAGGCCAUUGCUGAUGAUAACAAGUGAGAGUCCGAUGAAGAACAUAAAAAUUCCUUCAGGCCAGGGACUCGCUUCUGAUCUCCACCCAACCCUCAAACUCCUUAAGUCGGCCAAAGAGCUUGGGGUGCCUCCUCCUCCCUCGCUGCCCAGACAGGCAAGCCCUGAGGACACUCCACUGCUCUCUGUGGCCUCCUGCUCCUCCUCCUCCUCUUCUUCCUCCUCUCCGGAGACAAAGAAGGACAGGCGGACUGGAGCAAAGACAGACUGUGCUUUAAACCGCAUUCAGAACCUGAACCCGAGUGAUGAGGAGUCCAGCUGGACCACAUUGUCGCAGGGGAGCAAUUCCCCAGAAGAGACAGAUAUUUGGAGUGAGCAGUCAUUUCAGACAGACCCAGAUCUUCCUCCAGGAUGGAAGAAGAUCACAGACAUGGCUGGUAUCUACUACUGGCACAUUCCCACAGGCACAACACAGUGGGAGAGGCCGGCCUCACGUCCUCCUGCUGGGCACACAGAGCCAGAGGCCCUGGGCAAUGACACAGCCUCCACACCAUGCAAGCACUCCGUGGGCUCUCUCAGCCCCUCGCCCACUCCUGACCAUGAGUCCUCCCAGGCAGAGGUGUUCUUCGUGGCUUCAACCCGUUCGGGCAGCACCACCUCUGACAGUUCAGUUGAGCCCAUCUCCACUCAUGAGCCCACUUUGCCCACAUGCGGAUUUGUCAACAGCUGCUACUUUCCUCGUUCCGGCUCUCUACAGGGGAUGACUGACCAGGAGUGGCAUUGUCAGCACCAUGAAGAUGAAGACAAGAAACAGGUGUGGAGUAAUUUUGGCGGAAAGAUUGAUAGUGAGGUUUGGAAGGACCUGCAGGCAGCCACAGUGAACCCCGACCCCAGUUUGAAGGAGUUUGAAGGAGCUACGCUUCGCUACGCAUCGCUUAAACUGCGGAACCCCCCACCAGUUGAAGAAGAGGACUCCAGCAGUAUUAACAGUGAUCCAGAAGCCAAGUGUUUCGCAGUGCGCUCCCUGGGCUGGGUGGAGAUGGCUGAGGACGACUUGGCUCCAGGGAAGAGCAGUGUUGCUGUUAACAACUGCAUCCGGCAACUGUCCUACUGCAAGAAUGACAUUCGGGACACGGUUGGCAUCUGGGGAGAGGGAAAAGACAUGUACCUGGUGCUGGAGAAUAACAUGUUGAACUUGGUUGACCCCAUGGACCGCAGUGUGCUCCACUCUCAGCCAAUAGCAAGCAUCCGUGUCUGGGGCGUAGGCCGGGACAAUGGAAGGGACUUUGCGUAUGUGGCACGAGACAAAAACACAAGGAUCCUGAAAUGUCAUGUGUUCCGCUGUGACACGCCUGCAAAAGCCAUCGCCACCAGCCUGCACGAGAUCUGUUCCCGGAUAAUGACAGAGCGGAAGAAUGCCAAAGCCAUGGCUGGGGGCUCUCUACAGGACAGGAUGCAGGCAGGACUAGACCUCCCUCUGCAAGCAGAGUUCCCCACGCCAAAGACGGAGCUGGUGCAGAAGUUUCAGGUUCUCUACCUUGGGAUGAUGCCUGUAGCCCGUCCAAUAGGUAUGGACAUCCUGAACGGGGCAAUAGAUAGUCUGGUUGGUUCUUCUAACAGAGAGGACUGGGCUGCAGUGGCUCUUAAUGUGGCAGAUGCUACUGUCACCAUCAGCAAGGAAAAGGAGGAGGAAGUGCUGGUGGAGUGUCGCGUGCGUUUCCUGUCUUUCAUGGGUGUGGGGCAUGAUAUUCACACAUUUGCCUUCAUCAUGGACGCAGGCGGGCAGCGCUUCGACUGCCAUGUUUUCUGGUGUGAUCCAAACGCUGGGAGUGUGUCCGAGGCUGUACAGGCCGCCUGCAUGCUGCGAUACCAGAAGUGUUUGGUGGCUCGACCCCCUUCACAGAAGGCCUGUGGCUCUUCUCCCCCAGGCGACUCUGUGUCUCGUCGCGUGUCCACCAGUGUGAAGAGAGGCGUCCUGUCCCUUAUCGACACCCUCAAACAGAAGAAACCCAUCACCGAGUCUCCGCAGUAACCACUUCUAAAUACUAUCAGCCCUUCCCUCUCUCCACAAUUCCCUGUCACCAUGGUAACCGGUCGCAUCCCUGCCUAAAAGAAAACCCUUCAGUCCCCAUGGGAAUCCAACACUUUGCCACCACAGAGCCCAGUAACCAUGGUAACAAGAGCCAGAGCCUGGGGGGUCGGGAGACUUGUUUGUUUUUGGGGGAAUUUGGAAUGUUGUUCGGAGUUUGGAGAGUUGUCAGGAAUCGGUCCUUUUAGCUCUUAAGUAGUAAUUCAGUUUUUCUCCCAAAACCCCCCAAGAUCAAUAAUACUCCAUUCCCAUACCAGGAAGAAACCCUUAAGAUAGCAGGUGAAAUUGCAGGCUUACAAGACCAGCCUGGCAAUAACCUCAGGAGACUAUUGGAUAGAAGCUGAGUGAUGGUUAUAAGGGUGAUUGUGUACAUAGAAGCAACUUUCAUCCCCCCUCAGCAUCAAGGAGGUAUGUGGAAAGAGCUAAUAUUGAUGAACUUACAAACAAAGAAGGAGGAGGUGCUCUUCUGGGUCCAGUGGAAGCAUUGCUGCCUGAACUCUUGAAUUCCUCUCCACACUCUUAAUAUCUUUGUGUCUGUGCCUGUGUCUCCAGCAUGACCUCAUACACCUGGCCACCCCUUUUUCAUGCAACUAGGAAUGUGUCCUUUGAGUCUGCAGUGGCUUUGUCUCUUAAUUCUGUUUCCCCGUCAGUGUCAGCAGACUGUAAUGUAAACCAAAUAGGGGUUAGGACUUUGAAAGCAGUUGUUAUUCAAUUUCCAACAUCGGCAAAGAAUGCCUGACAGAGCGAAGGCCACUACAGACUAAUUAGAUAUGACCCUACCCUCACCUACUCAGUCUAUAACACAUCCUAAGCUGUUCAACUGACCUUGCAUGAACAUUUUAUAUAAAUGUGAUACAUUCUAGACAAUAACACUUCACUAUACCGCUGUUGCUUCAAGAGAUUGAGGGGGGGUGAGAAAGAUCAAAAAGUAGAGACUUUCUUUUUCUGUCAUUUUAUUUGUUUUAUUAGUUCCCUGUCAGCUGUGCUUGACUUGCUCUUCUGUGUAAGAGAUGUCUGGUCUGGCCAGUGGUCUAAACGAGUGGUGAUCUUUCACCUGGAUUAUGUUCCAUUUACUUCCUGUUUUUAUUUCCCCAUUUCCUUUUGUUUUCUCUCAGAAAACCACAGACAGACGAUAGCCAUAUUGGUGGAUAGGAGAGGGGGACGGACAGAAAUAUUACUUCUCCCUCCUCUCUUCCCCUGCUCUUUAGCAACCAGUGCUAGCUUGCUACACCAAAUAAAGGAAGAAAGAAUAGGUGCGUUGCUGCUCUUUGUUACACAUGCUGGAGGACAUUUUGAUUGAUUGUUCCUUCGAUUCCCACCUCAGCGUCAGUCCUUGGAGGUUUGAUGUCCACUAAUAAAAGGGGAUGGAUGAAAUCGCGACAGCUGGAUUAAAUGAUGCGGUAAAGAAUGGAAGCACUUGUGUUUACGCCAUGGUAUGGUAACCUUGCUUUGGUACACAGCUGAAAUCUGAACUUAGGCCUCUGAACCAAGCUAGCAACUGCGAGGACGAGGGUCUUAUCGCAUCUCCGACCUCAGCUGAUCUCAGAAGGAAAUCCUGAACGGUGAUGUGUCUGCCGGACACGACAGAACAUUCGAGAGCUUCGAGGUCAGCUGUUAGCUAUCUGUGUCUCCAAGCUUCUGUUCACUUGAAUGCGCCUUCUGUGUUUAUAGAUUGCCCACUUUCAGUGUGUCUGUCUUUAUCAGUGCCACUAGAUCACUUGCAUUUUUGUCAGUGUUCUUCUCACGUGAAUCUCAGUUCUAAGUUGUGUAUACCUACUGACCUGGCAUGUUUUUAACUGGCACAGGCAACUUAGUAGGAAUUACUGCUAGCCAGUCUUACCAUACAUUAGUCUGCAAGAUUUUACCAACAGUUCCUCUUAAAUACAAUAGCAAUGGUGCAUCUGAACUGCAAGGAACACAAAUUCUGGACUCAACUACAGCUCACUAUGACAAUGUGUCUGGCACCUUAACUUAAAGUCCACAGUGAGCAUGUGCGGAGGUCGUAGGUUCUGAAAGUAGAACUGAGAUUCUGGCGAGAUAAAUCAACCACAACGCCUUCUUUUGUCACAGGACGUGGAAAUGUGAAUGAGAUGAUGAGUUUGUGUGUAAAUAAUAUCCAUAUCUUGUAACAUUGGCAUUAAUCACCAUAUAAGCUAUGUUUUUAUUUUUGAAUGUCUGUAGUUUUCUAUUCUUUCCUUUUGAUGAAACACCUUUUGUUGUGAACUCACCAAACUGGCCAAAGUGUAAAAUACUGAUAUACAUUGUUGUAGAUAAGAAAAAAACAAGGGGAAUUAUUGAAGGAGAGAGAAGUGAUUAAAUUUUUUUUCAUUUUAUCAAUUAAGUUGAUAGAGAAGUUAACUGAGCAAUUAUCUAUGCAUUCUUUUGAUCUCAAGAAAUGGACAGUCACAAAAAGCCUUGCAUGCCCUCUGAUGGUUGAAAGAACGACUGUAUGUACUGAACAGAAAUAUUUUUUAUUUGAUUUUAUUUAUUCUAUUUUAUAAAGGUAUAUAUGGAUUUAUUAGGUCGGGCAAGUAGGUGAGUCUGUCGACUCAUCGUCUCACUCCCUGGUGAAUUCCCACUGCUCCCAACAAGCUCCAGCUUUGCAAAAUAAGGCAGGAAAAAGGAAUCUAUCUAUCUUCACCUUGUGCAGUGCAUAGAAAGGUUGGGAGUCUAAUUUGAAGGCUGAACGUUUGUAGUUGAUGGAGAGAAGGAAAAGGAUGAUGAUGAGAAGGAUGAAGAGGUGGCGGAUGAUGAUGGUAAGGGCAAGAGAAGACUCCCAGCCUCUCAUUUGAUGAACUCAAACACGCAAACGGAUAGGAAACACACACUCAUCCCUCACAGAAUAACGUACUGGCUUCUGUUUGUCGCUCACUGGUUUGUACACCAUAUCCAUGUAACCUGUUGUGAGAAUAAACAGAAUUAUCAA